CAUGGCGGCGCACAUAACCAGAGCUGUGAAACGACUUCUUCCACAGGAGAGCGGUUGGCUCCAGCCCACGGCCUGGCAGUUGUAUGCCGAAGCAUGGCGUCCUCACCAUCACUCUGCAGGCCCCUCGCUGCGCUACAUACCCCGCAGGGCGGUUCUCUACUGCCCUGGCAAUGAUGAGCGAAAAUUGAGGAAACUGGCCUCGUUGGAUGUCGACUGUGCCGUCUUGGACUGCGAGGAUGGUGUAGCCCUCAGCAAAAAGACAGAGGCCAGGGAGACCAUUCCCAGGAUGCUCGCGGAACUGGAUCUGGGCCGGACAGAGAAGUGUGUGAGGGUGAACUCGGUGUCCAGUGGCUUAGCUGAAGCUGACCUGCAGGUCAUCCUGCAGGCUGAGGUUCUCCCUCCAGCCAUCAUGUUACCCAAAGUGGAAGACGCUCAGGAAGUGCAAUGGUUUGUUGACAGGUUUCAGCACAACUUGAAAGGACGGGCACUGACAGAACCCAUUCGCCUGGUCACCUUUGUGGAAACCGCUGUGGGCCUGCUCAAUUUUAAGGCGGUGUGCGAGGAAAUCCGUCGCCUUGCUCCCAGGGCUGGUCUUCACCAUGACGGCGUGGUGUUUGGCUCUGAUGACUUCUGUGCCAGCAUAGGUGCCACGCGGACUAAGGAUGCCAGGGAGCUCCUUUACGCCAGGCAGAAGGUGGUCGUGACCACCAAAGCAUUCGGGCUGCAGGCUAUCGACCUGGUCUACAUCGACUACAAAGAUGUGGAAGGGCUGAGGCGGCAGGCCAGAGAGGGAGCUCUCAUGGGCUUCACAGGUAAACAGGUUAUCCACCCAGGGCAGGUCCAGGCUGUACAGGAAGAGUUCUCCCCCAGUCAGGAGAGGGUCCAGUGGGCAAAAGAGCUGAUUGCAGAUUUUGACCAACAUCAGAAGGAGGGCAAGGGUGCGUUCACCUUCCGCGGCAGCAUGAUUGACAUGCCCUCGCUGAAGCAGGCGCAGAACAUCAUAGCGCUCUCCAACGCGGUGCCAGAGAAAUAACAAGAAUCCGGAGAGGAGACGGGAGGAACCGCACGGCAAACGGAAAUGCUGCAGGUUCUCAUGACAAAAAGUAGAAGUUGAAAAAACAAAUUAACUUUGUUGCCUGACACAAGAGAACAGUGGGAAUUUUGGUUUUAAUUCAAGGUUUUAAUCAUUGUUGAAAUAUUUUCAUUGAAUUAAUUUGUCAUGGCAGUUUCAGUGAAGUUUUACUGUCACUGUACCCUGGGAUGUGUUCAACAAAACAAACUCUGCACAUAGCGAGGAACAACGGCAAACCUUUGGAAGCCGAGUGUGGAGGAUUAUUGCCCUGAGUGGACACUUUCUUGGCACUCUCUGCAGUGUGUGUGCCAUCAUGUCACUCUCCCGUGUGUGUGUGUGUGUGUGUGUGUGUGUGUGUGUGUGCGUGUGUGUGCCCAUGCCUCCCAUCUCUCCUAGGUCGUGAUGAAUGCUCUCUCAUCUCCACGGUCCAGGCAGCUGGGCGAAAGGGUAAACAAACACAACAAGCCACUGUUGUGGCUCUAUUCACUGGGCCCCAGUCUUCCAGUCAGGCCUCAGCCCCCUGCUCAGGGCCUGACUCACAAACAUCAAGGUCCCGCUCACUGGAAAAAAAAAAAGCCACAGAUGGAAGUGCGUAAACUCACGAUUUAGCGUUUUUGUGUCCGUCUCCUUAGUAAAGACACGCAGCUCACUCUGUGGCAGCUGUGAGCCUGUGGUCUUGAUGGAGAAGGCGUGUGGCGUCAGACACACCAUGACCUGUACGAAAAAUAAACACCGCACACAUACACACGCUGCAGCGGGAUUCUCCACCUGAGCUCUCAUUUACCACAACCGCUUCAACUCGGAUUUUUCAAGCUAUUGUCUCUAGUGAGUUCCCUUCAUUUUAUCAACAAUGAUAAAUGGUCACAUUCAUAGAAAUGACCUCCUGGACGAGUUCAGUAAAGUAGUUUGUUGUACUGUCACAAAUGAAAGUAACAAAGGGGCUCUGUGGAGCGCCUGUGCACAUCUGACUUCCAGAGACAGUGAAGUGGGUGUGAUGUUGGAGUGAGACAGAUUAGAGGCCAUGUUGCUCCAGCAGACCAGGACCGAGGCUUUGUCUCUCUGACUGUGGAUGGGAGGAUAAUUGGGGGGGUGUUGAAUGGUUAAUAGUGCCAUUGGUGACCAUGGUAAUGAAAGGCACCAUACCUCCCCUACCCACCUCAUCCACUCAUCUUUCUCUCUCUCUCUCUCUCUCUCCUUCUCUCCCACUCUCUCUCUCUCUCUCCCUCACCUACUGUAUGAUCUAUUGUGUCUGGGGCAGGACUGUGGUCUGUGCCAGGCCAGGCCAGACAAAAAGAUCGAAACCACUCCUGCGCCCGGCCAAAGACUCGAACAGUAAGCUGUCUCUUUGGCAUUUGGCCACAUGUUUCUCUCACCCCUGGCUCACUUUUUCUGUCGUGAAUUUACAUGCGGCUUGUUUGUUUGUUUUUCACCCAAACUACUAUUACGCCCCGAGGUCGGUGGAUAAAACUGCUAUUAUGGAUUACUUUGAUUGAAUGAAUCCACACACUGUAUUUGGGCAGAGCCAUUUUGUGACGGUCUGCAGAAUAGAUGCAAUAUCUUGAACUUGGAUCAAGUAAAUGGUAAAAUAUUUAAGAGAUGUUUCGACUGCUUGUCACUCAUAGAAUGUGAGUAGUGUGUACUAUUGCUGAAAUGAUAAUAUAUCCUGUUUUUGUUUUGUCAUUAAAGCUAUGAGGAUGAAACUUUA